CAGCUCUCGGCCCAUGACGAUGGAAGCUUGCGCAGACUUUCAUGUGAUCCACGAUUUCCAUUGAUUUGGACUCUGGAAUGACACCACAGGCCACGCGAGUCCACUUUUACUACGCGCAACACCCAACAUGCGGGAUUCCGCAGCGCGACAUUCGAAUUGUGCAUUGGUGAUACUCAAUCGGUGAUUCUCCCACCCGUUGCAGGGCCUAUCUGGCCCCAUGUUGCGCCAGAUCGACGUCGUCCUCCUCAAGUUUCUCGACUGGCCAUGCCUGCGCAUCUUCAACCGCCCUCAGCCCCGAAAGCACCGACCAGCCCCGGUAGCUCCGACGAAGACCAUGAUACCUUAAGACUCUUAUCACGCUCGCCGCAUCCCUAUCACAGGUUGAAUACCGAGCUCCUCGAACCUUCGGGCCGCCUCACGAACCCGCGCAUCACCACCGGUGAUAACGAUAGCGUCGCCGGCGAGUCGGACGGUGCUCCCUCUCGUCCCUUUCCCGCCUUUGCAAGAGACUCGCCGCUCACUAGCGAGAGCGGCACCGAGGCCGACGAUGAACAUUUUCUCAAAGGACUCCCUGCCCCGAGGGCUAAAUCGCACAAGGGAUUGAGGGGCAGGAAUGAACCACUCUCGGGGACCUCCACACCAUUGCUUUCACCCUCGAUAUGGGAAGAGGAGGGUCGGAAGACAAAUUCGGGUUCCGGCCAUGGCGGACACGAGCGUGAGAAGAGGGGCGCAGCCGAGAGAGUUCGCCGCCGCAAGGAGCUGGUUCGGAGGGCGACCGAAGUGCUGCUCCUAAUUUGGCAAGGGGGGAUGGUUGCUUCAAAUGCCGAGGCCCGGUCUUUCAUUCACCUAUACCGGAAAGAGUUUCUGGCUGUGGGCGGCGUGUUCUGCGGCCUGACUGCCGCCUAUCCCUUGAGGUUGGUAAGUUGGGCGUACCGUCAGGGGAAGCCCCAGAAGCUCGUACCGAUCCGCGUUCCCGCUUCCUUUGAUCCCGCGCCCAUCCUUUAUCCUCCGGUAGUGCCUGUUCUUGUGUCCCUCCUCAUUGCCGAGAACGUCGAGGGCGCUGUUCUACCGAGCCUCGUCCUCAGCAUUUGCGCCCUCCCGAGGCCACUGAUCCCCGGUGCACGGCACUGGGAAACCUUGAGCUGCACCCAUUGGCUACUGUCAUGUGUCCCCUUCACGCUAGAUGCACUUGUCCCGGCGGCAGAGGCGUUUCUAGUGGGCGAUAUGUCGCGGGAAGUCCUGGUCUUGCUUUACCCCUUACAUCAGACGCUCUGUCUCGUCUUACACCACCUUACAACAACUAGUCUUUUGGUUUCCGAGCUUCAGCUGCUCUCUGCUGCUCUUAUUGGCCUCCUUCUGCUGGCCAGCUCCCCCCAAGCUGUUAUUCUAAAAGCAGUGCUCUGGGGAGGCGGCCUCGGUCUUGCCGUGUUUUGCGGCCAGGUGAUCCAUUGGGGGAUCUUGCUCGCUCGCGUGCCGAAGUGGCGGUUCAGACGGACGCCUUCUUCGGCGAGGAGUGAGUCCGGUUAUCAGUUGUUAUGGCAACUCUUACCUUUCCGGCGGCGGCGCUCCGCGAGUCUCGGCAGCGUUGCAUCCGAUACAGACUAUUCAAUAGAUGAAUAUCUUGACGGCGCACUUCCCACCCCGCCCAAGAAGACCGUACAGGCAGACAGUCUUAGCGACGUCGACAUCAUACCGCCCACUCCCGCGGGCCUGACUAGGGUCCAGUCGGACUCGGUAGAGCUAUUACAACAGAGCCCAGCUCGAAGACAUACCCUACCUGCUACGGGGAAACCACCGGGCCGCCCCAAAGUGACAACCACCCCCUCGGGCCGCCGGAAGCGCGCCGCCUCCACUAGCGUCCGCGCCCUCUUCUCCCUCACCCAAACCCAAGCCACCAUCCGCAAGUGGCUCUACGCCAGCUACGUCUACCUCUGCAUCCUUCUCGUCAUCUUUGUCGGCAUCCGGCCCUAUGUCCAACACUACGCCCUCUCAGGCCACGAACCAGUCGGCUGGGCUUUGGGCUACCUAUUCGGCGAUAUCCCGCAGUUCCGCUUCCAGGUCGUCAAAGCCAACCUCGAGCGCUGGAUACCCCUCCCCGCCCUCCUCUCCGCCCUCAACAACACCAACACCACCACCCACCCCUCACCAGCCUCCUGCACCCCAGGUGACGGCGGCUGGGCCCAACACACGCGCCUCGGCUCCCUCGGCGCCGCCAACACGCGGCUCGCGCUAUCGGCCUACUUCCUGCUGACCAUCCUCACGGGCCUCGCGGUCGUCUUCCGCCUCUCGCCCGUCUACGAGGUCGACACGCGCCGCAAGGUCUUCCACUUCAUGAUGGUCGCCAUGUUCCUGCCCACGCUGUACGUCGACCCCUGCUACGCCGCGCUGGCCCUCGCCAUCGUCCUCGCCGUGUUUUUGUUAUUAGAUCUCCUCCGCGCCAGCCAGCUGCCCCCGCUCUCCCGGCCCCUCGCCCGCUUCCUCACCCCCUACGUCGACGGCCGCGACCUGCGCGGACCGGUCGUCGUCAGCCACAUCUUUUUGCUCAUCGGCUGUGCGAUUCCCGUGUGGCUCAGCCUGGCGUCGCUACCACGGAUAACCACCACCCCUCCAGUUUCUGCAGAGGAACCAGCCCCUGCUGUUGCUGCCGCCAUCGCCGGGUGGGAGGUGCCCGCGCGCGAGGUGGGCAUGGUGUCGGGCGUGGUGUGCGUCGGGCUGGGCGACGCCGCCGCCUCGCUGGUCGGCCGCCGCUGGGGCCAUCGCAAGUGGCUGUGGGGCGGCGGGAAAAGUGUUGAGGGCAGCGCCGCGUUUGCGGCCGCCGUCUUUGUGGGGCUGAUGGUCGCUGCGCUGUGGUUGCGGGUGGGGGGGUGGGCUGUUGCGGGUGCUUCUUUUGACCACCACCACCACCACCAGGCUGAGUCGGGGAUGGAGAGUCUGAUGAGUGUGUUGGACUGGGCGGUGUUGUGGCCGUGGUUGAGGGUGGAAGUGCCCAAGACGGUGGCGUGCGCUUCGUUGGCGUCGCUGACGGAGGCGGUGCUCACGGGGGGUAAUGAUAAUGUGGUCGUGCCGGUGGUGCUGUGGGGGUGUGUUAAGAGCUUGGGGGUUUAGGGGGUUUGUUUACCUAGGAUAGAUAAAAUUACGAC